CGGGAUCAUUGAAGUCGGGCUGAUCGGAUAGACUCCGGCCGAUCCCGGGGUUUUAGUGGACCGAGGCCACCUGUCCGGGUCCUCCGGGUCCCGCUCAGCCGCCUUAGCGCCCCGCGCCGGCUCCAAGGCCUGGAGCGCACUACGUAAUCGAACUCCGAUCCUGGUAGAGUCAGUUGGAACACUCGGGCGAUUUGUUUCCAACUUCCAGCUUCCAUUUCUUCGUUAACCCUCAUUUACGCCGACGCGCAGCAUUCAAACACUCAUCGAGGGCUGUCUUGCGCCUCUAAGGACGUUUUCGAGCGGAUCAAAUACCUCAGUGUUUUGGAGGAGCGCCAACCGCAAGUGGCAUGCAUUAAUAGAUCGUCCUCCAACCUUCUCACCACCCCGCGAGGGACAACACAACGACGCGAUGUUGCGCCAAAGCAUAAUAGCAGCCAGCCACUGUCCAAACCCUUCAGUGGCUGGGGUAGCGAUUCUAUCCGCGACAGCCGCGACGAGAUCCCUUAUACGCACACGUACGUACGUUAGCCGACUAAGAAGUGCCUCCGCGACGACAUCAACAACGACGAUACACAACCGAAUACCACAACGCUUCUACUCCUCCUCCCGCAGCAGCCGUUCAACCUGGUCCCACGCUACUACAGCACCAGGGCCCUCCACCGGUCCGUUCGAGCCGCUUACCCCCCCGUCGCCGUCCAAACUCGGUGCCCCGCGCCCCGCGCGCUCCUAUACCCGCACCCGCCGCUGGGCGCGCAGACUCCUCAUACUUUCGUCUCUCCUCGGGCUCGCCUACCUAACCGACAAGUACGUUUACGCCUCCGGGAUCGCCCGCUCCCUGCGCACCUUCGGCGUCGGCCUCGUCGUUGCGGCCGACUAUAAGCUCAACUUCCGGCCGAAACCGCUUCCGAUCCCCUGGAUCGGCAUUCCUGAGGGCAUCCCAGAACUACACCGGCGCAACGCCGAGCGGCUAUCUGACCUGCUCCGUCACAAUGGCGGACUGUACCUCAAGAUCGGUCAGGCGAUUGCCAUGCAGAGUGCGGUUCUGCCACCAGAGUUUCAGGCCAUGUUCUCGCGCAUGUUCGAUGACGCGCCGCAGGAUUCUUGGGAGGAGGUAGAGCAGGUGAUCCGGGAGGAUUUUGGCGGAAGGAGCGUCGAGGAGGUAUUUGGGAUAAGCUUUUCCGGGGCGGAGGGUAAGGGAGUGAUGGAGCGCACGGCAAGGGCGAGUGCAAGCGUGGCGCAGGUGCACUGGGCGCGGUUACCGGAUGGGAGAGAGGUGGCGAUUAAGAUACAGAAACCGGAGAUCGAGAAGCAGAUUGGUUGGGAUUUAUGGGCUUUCAAAGUUGUGACGUGGGUCUACUCAUGGUGGUUCGACCUACCACUCUACAGCCUGGUGCCCUUCACCAGCGAGCGACUACGACUAGAGACCGAUUUCGAGAACGAGGCCAAGAACUCCGAGAUCAUGCGCCAGCUUGUUGAGAACGAGCCCAGCCUGAGGGGGCGCGUCUACGUACCUCCGGUCUACCCCGAACUAAGCUCCAAGCGCGUCCUCACGACUGAAUGGAUCGAAGGCAUCAGACUGUGGGACAAGGACGCCAUGACCCGGCCCUGGCUAGGCGGCUACGGUAACGGGUCAGCCGGCGUCCACGGCGCCCAACUAGACCCGCCCGACAUGACCGCCAUCCGGAGCGCGCUUCGCAAGAGCACACAGGGCUACACGCAUAUGAUCAAGCCCGAACGGACCGAGUGGAAGGGACGGCGCGGCAAGGGUGGCCUCGGACUCUCAACAAAGGAUGUUAUGACCACCAUGGUCGAUCUCUUCUCGGCCCAAAUCUUCAAAUGGGGAGUCGUCCACUGCGAUCCGCACCCGGGCAACAUUUUCAUCCGGCGUUUGCCCAACGGGCGAGCCGAGCUCGUCCUUAUCGACCAUGGCCUCUACGUUUACAUGAGCGACAAGUUCCGACACGAAUACGGCGAGUUCUGGAAGGCAUUGAUGACGUUCGACAACAACAAGAUCAAGGAGAUCACGAACGAAUGGGGCAUCAAAGCCGCCGACCUCUUUGCCUCGGCAACGCUCCUCCGGCCAUACGAGGGAGGCGACGACGGCGGGUUCCAGACCAAGCUGAUGAAGCACCUGGACGGCAACAAGACGGCCAGCGAGCGCUCCUACGAGAUGCAGGCGCGCAUGAAGCAGGGGAUCCGCGACGUGCUCGCGGACGAGGACAAGUGGCCCAAGGAGCUCAUCUUCAUCGGCCGCAACAUGAGAAUCGUCCAGGGAAAUAACCAGUACCUGGGCUCGCCGGUGAACCGCAUCAAGAUGAUGGGCACGUGGGCCAGCCGGAGCCUGUUCCAGGACCCGAACCUGCCGCUCGGACAGCGGUUGGUGAACUACUGGCAUCACUUUUUGUUCAAGUGCGUGCUGGCGCUGACGGACGUGGCGUUUUACUUCUUCCGGGUGAGACAGUUGCUUCAUCGCGGCGGAGGUAUGGAGGAUGAGUUGGAGGCGAGGAUGAGAGAUGUCGCGAAGGAGUUUGGGGUGGAGUUGCAGCAUAAUGUCUUUGAGGGCUGAUCGGUCAUUAUCAGUCAUAGGCUGUGCUUAUGUGUGGUUGAUGACAGAUAUUUCUUAUCAGCAAGAGACUUGUACCUUUUAGCACCCACCGUGAGCGAUGGA